AUGAAUUUCCUCAGAAGCGCUGCCAUUAUCUUGCUUGUAGCACUGUUUUACAAGUAUUACAGCAUGAAAAACAAGAAUAAAAUCUCUUUACUGGAGGGACUUCCUGAUAAGGAGUAUGAUUACGUCAUCAUUGGCGCCGGUUCGGCAGGUUCCGUGGUAGCGGCGAGGCUUUCCGAAGAUAAACAAUCGAAAGUGCUCCUUCUAGAAGCUGGUGGACAUGAUGAUCAAAGUGAAAAUUUUCACAUUCCCAGUAUGUGGACAGAAACUCAGCAGACAAUGUACGAUUGGCAGUUUUACACGGAACCAGAAAGCCAGUCUUCACAGGGUUUGAAGGAUAAGAGAGGAAUUUGGCCGCGUGGGAAAGUUCUUGGCGGUAGUAGCAUGCUAGAAUCGGUGAAGUACGGUGUACCGCUACAAUAUACACGUGGUAGUCCUUUUGACUUUGAUGAAUGGGCAGCCGCUGGCUGUGAGGGAUGGGGUUAUAAAGAUGUUCUACCAUACUUUUUGAAGGCAGAAGAUAUACAAAUAGAUGACCUAGAAACAUCUAAAUAUCACAGCAAAGGUGGUCCCUUAGCCGUUACACAUGGGUAUUUGACACAAUUAGCCAAGGAGUAUUUAAGGGCCGGACAAGAACUAGGUUACAAUAUAACUGAUUAUAAUGGCGAAGACCAAGAGGGUUUUAGUAUAGUACAAAAGAACAUAAGAAAUGGUGUUCGCAGCAGUACUAGCCUUGAAUAUUUAGAAAGAGCGGAUGGACGUGAAAAUUUACAUAUUUCUAUUCAUAGUUUAGCUACUAAAGUAGAAAUCACAAAUAUGCAGGCAGUGGGUGUUUUCUAUAUUAAAGACGGUAGGAAAAGAUACGUGAAAGCCAGAAAAGAAGUUAUUUUAUCAGCAGGAGCCGUCAAUUCUCCUCAGUUGCUCAUGUUGUCUGGAGUUGGACCCGAGAAACAUCUCGACGAGAUGAAUAUUCCACUAGUUGCAAACCUACCAGUCGGCGAGAAUCUGCAAGAUCAUCAGAUGGUGUUUUUGUACAGCUAUAUAAAUAAACCAUAUAGUGCAACAAUAGAUGAAGUUACCCACUGGUGGACAUGGUUCAAGUUCUAUGUGUACCGUGGUGGGCCUUUGUCACACUCUGGACUAGACGUAUCGGCAUUUUUACACCUUGAUGAGACAAAACGAGGAAAAACGUAUCCAGAUAUUCAGUUGAUUUUCUUCAGUUUUCUUUCAUGGGAAAAUAUUUUUAACUUAGACGAGAGCUUGCAAGAACAGCUUUUAGAAAAAGAUGGCAAUAAGCAUGGGUUUACGACAGAUAUCUGUUUGACACGUCCAAAAAGUACAGGACGUAUUACACUUAGGAGUAAAGAUCCGUUUGAUUAUCCUAAAAUUGAUUCCGAUUUUCUAACAGAACAAACAGAUGUUGAGACAUUUAUAGGCGGUAUAAGAAUCUGGGAAAAACUAACCGAAACCAAAACUUUUCUUGAACUCGGUGUAGACAUCAACCAAAUGCAGAAGAAAUUCUGCUCCUCCUACCAAUUCCGUUCUGAUGAAUAUUGGGAAUGCGUCGUCCGCCAUGUUGGACUAACACAUUACCAUCCGUCCAGUACAUGUAAAAUGGGCGCGAUUAGCAAUCCGACAGCAGUUGUCGACCCUGAACUUAGAGUCAAAGGUAUUAAAGGUUUAAGGGUAGUCGAUGCUUCAAUAUUCCCAAACAUUACCUCGGGAAAUAUAAACGCACCGACUAUAAUGGUAGCGGAGAAGGCAGCAGAUAUGAUUCGUGGAAAGACACAGUGA